AUAAGAGGUCAAUUGUGGUGGAUGAAGUGGGAGAGUUCACUGGAUACACAUCCAUCCAUUUUGAAUCUGCAUCAAUGAGCACAAAAAACACUUUUCCCAUAAGCAGUCUGGCAUAAUCCACAUGGAUACAACUGCAAGGGCUUGUCGGACCAUUCCCAGGGGUGUCAAGGAGCCAGGGCAGGGAUGUAGCAGAGUUCUUGUGAGAGCAGAGUGUCUUCCACCUCUUUGUCCAACUUUGGCCACCGUACAUAACUCCUUGCCAAUGCUUUCAUUCUGGGCACCCCCAGGUGGCGCUGAUGAAGCGGUCUCUUCUUGGCCUGGUACAAUCACUCUCAGUUCCCAUAAAACACACCCAUUCUGGAUACUGAGUUCAUGUUUCCUGAUCUCAUGGGGGCAAACCCCUCCCCUUUUGGUUUUGAUGACCGGUCAUUGAGUACCAUCUCCUGCACCUUUGGGAGAACUGGAUCUUUGUCUGUCCAUGCUCUCACCUGAUCAACUGUCACCAGUGUGAUGUCUGAGCUCUCCAGCAUGAGAACUCGGCCCUUCCACUUCAGGUUUCUCUGGGAGAGGAAGGCGUGUCUGUAUUCCAAUGAUUGUUUCCUUCUUUAUACACUAUUUAUACACUAUUAUGUAUUCGUAGGCUCUCAGGAUUGCUACCCACCUUUUGAUUCUGGGUGAGGCCAUUUGUGGUAUGGCUUGCACUGAAAAGUGACAAUAAUGGCUUGAGCUUGUUCACUAUUGUGAAUUUCUCUCCAUAAAUGUAUUUGUGUCCAGCCAUGGAAGAACCAGAAACAAGUCUUCAGGGGGCAUUUUGAGUUAUUUAUAGAUUCUGAAAGUGUAGUUUCUAAGCUUUCCAUCGAUGUCUAAAAAUAUUUGAAGAUGUGGCUACAACAAUGUUGUCACUCCUCAAAAUAGUUUUAGUGAUAGUGUGUGGGGAUUGUGAUGCAUCAAAUUGGGUAGUGAAAAUUAAGCUAACGGACUGGGUCAAAAUUGGUAAAUCAUAAUUGACUAUUAAUUGGUAAAUAAUCACAUAAUUGGUGCUUUCCACGGAAAGAGCUAUUUUAACAUCCAUGUACAUGCAGGCGAAUCUCUUCACACUGAAACAAGGGUCUGUAUCAGUCUAGCGUUCUACGCAUAAAUACUUGUAUUCUUUGAGCGUUGAUUUUUACAUUUGUGAGUAGAUAAGAUAAAAUAAACCUCCUCAUCAUCUCCAGCAAGUUUCCAUGGUUACAUUUACAAGUAGCAUUUUAUGCCCUGCCCCUACAGUUUCUGUCUGCCCUGGUAGGCGGUGUGCAAGACUAAACUAUAUUGUCAUAAGUCAAUAAAAUUGGUGAUGUGGUGAUGGAACUGAACUCAGAAAAAGGAUGAACCAGGUGGAAGUCAUGAGGGUACAUUCAGACACCAGCUACCUCAUGCUUGUGUUGUCCUCCUGCUUUUCCUCCACUGUGUCUUCUUUUUAUUCCUCCUCUUGUCAGUCACAGGGUCAGUUUCAUUUAAAUGGAAUACACAAAACUGGAGAUGUCAUCCUCGGUGGAAUUUUUCAAAUCCACUUCUUUGCUGCCUAUCCUGACCUGUCCUUUACCUCAGAGCCACAUCAGCCGACCUGCUAUGGUUUUGAUGUAACAGGAUUCAAACAGGCUCAGACCAUGGCCUUUGCUAUUGAUGAGAUCAACAGAAACUCCAACCUACUGCCGAAUGUGACUCUGGGAUACAGUCUGUAUGAUAACUGCCUCCAAAUAGGAAUUGGUACAGCACUGACCUUAGUCAGUGGUCAAGAAGAGCAAUUUGCAUUAGAGGACAACUGUGUAGGAACUCCUCCAGUCCUAGGGAUUGUGGGAGAUUCUUCCUCUACUCGUACUAUUGCUAUAUCCACAGUCAUAGGUUUGUACAGAGUGCCUCUGGUGAGUUAUUUUGCCACAUGUUCCUGUCUGAGUGAUCGACAAAAGUUCCCAUCUUUCUUUAGGACGAUCCCAAGUGAUGCUUUUCAGGUGAAUGCUAUGAUUCAGAUUCUAAAACACUUUGGUUGGACUUGGGCAGGUCUGCUCAUCAGUGAUGAUGAUUAUGGAGUCCACGCUGCCCGAUCCUUUCACUCUGAUCUGGGUCCAGCUGGUGGAGGUUGUCUGGCUUACACAGAGAUUUUGCCCUGGGGUGACGACCCUGUUGAACUAAGGAGAAUAGUGGAUGUGAUGAGGAAAUCUACAGCUCGAGUGGUGAUUGUGUUUGCACAUGAGAGUCACAUGAUUAACCUCAUGAAAGAGGUGGUGAGGCAGAAUGUGACAGGCCUGCAGUGGAUGGCCAGUGAAGGCUGUUCAUCAGUUGAUGUGCUCCAGACUCCUCACCUCAUGCCGUACCUGGGUGGAACACUGGGCAUCUCCAUCCGUCGAGGAGAAAUACCAGGACUGAGAGACUUCCUGUUACAAAUACAUCCUGACCUACGUCACAACAACAUACAUGGACAGAGUGUAGUGAAUCAGUUUUGGGAACACACAUUUCAGUGUAGAUUUGCACCACCUCCAGCAGGUUGGGUGGAAGCUGGAGAAGAAUUAUGCACUGGACAGGAAGUUCUAGAGAAUACGGAGAAUGAGUUCUUGGAUGUUUCAAACCUCAGGUCAGAGUAUAAUGUGUAUAAGGCUGUGUAUGCUCUGGCAUAUGCUCUUGAUGACAUGCUGCAGUGUGAGCCAGGGAGAGGACCUUUCAGCAACAACACCUGUGCUCAUUUACAAAGACUGGAGCCAUGGCAGCUUUUGUAUUACUUGAAACAAGUUAACUUCAAAACAACAUUUGGUGAUCAAGUGUCAUUUGAUGAGAAUGGUGAUACUCUACCAAUAUAUGACAUAAUGAACUGGGUGUGGCUCCCUGAUGGAAGAACUAAAAUUCAGAGAGUGGGUGAUGUUAAGAGGUCAGCCUUCAAAGGUGAAGAACUCACACUGGAUGAAGACAAAAUCUUCUGGAACUUUGAAUCCAAACAGCCUCCUCGGUCAGUGUGCAGUGAGAGCUGUCCUCCAGGUACCCGCAUAGCAAGAAAGAAGGGGGAACCUGAGUGUUGUUUUGACUGUGUCCCUUGUUCUGAGGGAAAGAUCAGCAAUAUGACUAACUCCAUGGAGUGCACCACGUGUCCAGAGGAUUUCUGGUCCAGCCCCCAGCGUUACCACUGUGUUCCUAAGAAAACAGAGUUCCUCUCCUACCAUGAGCCUCUGGGUAUCUGCUUAACAACCACCUCACUGUUGGGCACAUUUAUCUGUGUUGUUGUUCUGGGCAUCUUCAUCCAUCAUCACAGCACACCUAUAGUUCGUGCCAACAAUUCAGAACUCAGUUUUCUUCUCCUGGUUUCGCUCAAAUUGUGUUUCUUGUGUUCGUUGCUCUUCAUUGGCCGACCCAGAUUAUGGACUUGCCAACUAAGACAUGCAGCAUUUGGCAUCAGCUUUGUGCUUUGUGUCUCAUGUAUCCUGGUGAAAACCAUGGUGGUUCUGGCUGUGUUCAGGGCCUCCAAACCAGGAGGUGAAUCCAGUCUGAAGUGGUUUGGCACUGUGCAGCAGAGAGGGACAAUUCUGGUUCUGACUUCUAUUCAAGCAGCAAUCUGCACUGCCUGGCUUGUCUCUGCUUCACCAGUGCCUUAUAAAAACACCCAGUAUCACAGUGACAAGAUAGUUUAUGAGUGUGCAGUUGGGUCCACAGUUGGUUUUGCAGUUCUACUUGGUUAUAUUGGUUUACUGGCCGUCCUCAGUUGUGUGUUAGCUUUUCUUGCAAGGAAUCUUCCAGACAGUUUCAAUGAAGCGAAAUUUAUCACUUUCAGCAUGCUGAUCUUCUGUGCAGUGUGGGUUGCCUUUGUCCCUGCUUACAUUAAUUCUCCAGGCAAAUAUUCAGAUGCAGUGGAGGUAUUUGCCAUCCUAGCCUCCAGUUUUGGCCUCUUGGUGGCGCUGUUUGGACCCAAAUGUUACAUAAUCCUGUUGAGACCGGAGAGAAACACAAAGAAAGCCAUCAUGGGUCGAGGCACCACAAAUUAAAACCGUGAACACUGUUGUC